GCACUCAGAAGGCCUACGAGCAGUUCUAGUGAGAUCUACCCUUAUCUACAUCAUCAAAAUGAAAUUCGCUAUCUUCUUCGUGCUUUGCUUCGUGGCGUUCGCGGCUGCCGCCCCUCAGCUGCUCACCUGGCCUGGCCUUGUGGCCCCAUUAGCCCCUCUUGCCCCUAGGACUGUGGUGGCUGGCCCGACUGUCGUGAACGGUCUGGGUUGGGGCGGUCGCUUCAUAGCUCCUGGAGUCGUCGGCGCCACUGUCAUAUAAUUUUGCUCAAUACAGACGGAUCAACCUUACAAUAAACAAACGCACACACAUUCGAUGGUUAUAAAAAAAAUUGUAAAAUGAAUAUUUUUUAUAAAAAAAA